UUAAGGGCACAGAUCAGAGAGCUUGAAGAAGAGAAGAAAGGAUUACUUACCAAGCUUGAGGUUGAAGAGAAUAAAGUAGAGAGUAUAAAGAGAGAUAAGGCAGCAACGGAAAAGUUGCUUCAUGAAACAGUAGAAAAACAUCAAGCAGAACUUGCAACACAAAAAGAUUACUAUACUAAUGCGCUAAAUGCCGCAAGAGAAGCUGAAGCUUUAGCUGAGGCACGGGCUAACAAUGAAGCCAGAACUCAACUAGAGGGUCGCCUAAGAGAGGCUGAAGACCGUGAAGCCAUGCUUGUUCAGGCACUUGAAGAAUUAAGGCAAACACUAAGCAGAACAGAGCAGCAGGCAGUUUUUAGGGAAGAUAUGUUGCGCAGAGACAUUGAGGAUCUCCAGAAAAGAUACCAAGCCAGUGAGCGUAGAUGUGAGGAGUUGAUAACACAAGUUCCUGAAUCUACCAGACCUCUUCUCAGGCAGAUAGAAGCCAUGCAGGAAACAAACGCCAGAAAGUCUGAAGCUUGGGCUGCUGUCGAGAGAACCUUGAAUUCACGUCUUCAGGAAGCUGAGGCAAAAGCUGCAAUUGCAGAGGAGAAGGAGCGAUCUAUUAGUGAACGCCUUUCUCAAACCCUGUCUCGAAUCAAUGUGCUUGAGGCUCAGAUAUCUUGUCUAAGAGCUGAACAGACACAGCUAACAAGGUCCCUUGACAAAGAGAGACAGAGGGCCGGGGAGAAUAGGCAAGAAUAUCUUGCUCUAAAGGAGGAAGCUGAGACUAACGAAGGUCGUGUGAAUCAGCUUGAAGAAGAAAUUAAAGAAGUCAGAAGGAAACACAAGCAGGAACUACAAGAAGUAUUAACUCACCAGGAACUCCUGCGGCAGGAGUUAGAGCGGGAGAAAGCUGCUCGUUUGGAUCAAGAAAGGGCAACUCGUACUUCAUCUAAUUUUGUACCUGAUCAAAGCCCAAUAAUGAAGCAGAAAUCUGGGAUUGAAAAUGGAAGUCUGACACGGAGACUUUCAAGUGCUAGCAGCUUGAGUAGCAUGGAGGAAAGCUAUUUUCUACAAGCAUCUUUGGACUCGUCUGACAAUUUAUCUGAGCGUAGAAAUGCAUUGGAGGGCAAUGUGAGUCCAUACUUUAUGAAGAGCAUGACAUCAAGUGCUUUCGAAGCUGCUCUUCGUCAGAAGGAAGGGGAACUUGCGUCGUAUAUGUCUCGACUUGCAUCUAUGGAGUCCAUCCGUGACUCCCUGGCUGAGGAGUUGGUUAAAAUGACUGCAGAGUGUGAAAAGCUUCGUUCAGAAGUUUCCGUGCUGCCUGGCAUUCGGGCAGAGCUAGAUGCACUUAGAAGGAGACACUCGGCAGCUCUUGAAUUGAUGGGUGAGCGUGAUGAGGAGUUGGAAGAACUCCGUGCUGAUAUCAUUGACAUGAAGGAGAUGUACAGAGAGCAAGUAAAUAUGCUUGUGAACAAGAUUCAGGUGCUUAGCUCAUCACUGGGUGCUACCUGACAAAACUGAUCACUUGAUGUGUGGCUUGUUCUUGUCUGUUGCAUCCUGGAGGGUGCUGCAGUGUAUGUGAUAUAUCACAUUGGUUUUGGACACGAUAAUUGUUGUCGCCAGUUUAUUAUAAAUCUAUAGAGAAACUACCUUUUACAGGUUAGCUAUUGUAACUUUAGUGAAUUGUUGUAUAGCAUAAUUUUGUAAAAGUGUCGUAUUGGCUUAAGCUUUAUAAACUGUUCUCAAUUAAUGCCCAAGUUCAUUUAAUUGUUAA